AUGGAAAGCAUUCAAGAAAUACUCCAAAGGCCUCUAUCUGAGAAGGAAGCAGACUGUGUGCUGAAGCUUCGUGAUACCAACAAAGAUGGCGUUCUUGAGAAGAAGGAGCUGAUGAAUGACUUGAGGCCCUCCAAACUACAGCUCACUCGGGAGGAGAUCAAAGAGAUUUUCCUAGAACACGACAUCGAUGGAGAUGGUUGUCUUAGUGUCGGUGAGGUAACUAAGGCCUUCAAUUUCAUGGGUUCUUCGCUCUCGUUUCAUAAAGCUCGUCAUGGCUUGGCUCUUGCUGAUUGUGAUGGCGAUGGCGUUAUUAGCGAGGAGGAACUUGAUAAACUCGUUGAUUAUUUCGAAAAAACCAACAAGAAGUGUUUAAAGAGAGUUGUUCCAAAAAGAAGUGUUUAA